AGCACUAAGAAGGUGGAGUCAGCGGAGUGCAGUGGCAGCAGUGUGACAGAGACCAAGAGGAAGAGGGAGCCCUCGGUCAGCUUCGAUGUGGAGAAGUCACCCCCAGCCCCCUCCGAUGAGGACGACGACAGUGUCCAGGUACACACACACACACACACCGUAACGUUGCAGUGGCACACAAACACAGUAACAUCAGUUGUGCGCUAACCUAACGUAGCAGGUGUAAAAUAAAUGCCUGAAACUGGAUCCUGUACAUACUGGUCUUAACCUCCUAACAUUUCUUUUUUCUCUAUCUCCUGCACUGUUCAACCAAUUCAGUAAAUGUGGAGGAGGAGUUAAGACUGAGUGUCGCCUUGUUAACGUCCAAAAGCUAAAGUUGUGUCACAGGCUCUCUUUCCAUUACCCCUGACAACCAGAACAUCCGGUUGUUGGGGACUCUGCAGAGGCUAGUUGUAAAACACACACUUUCCAAAUGAAAUGCAAAACAGUGGUCCAAUGUUGACAUGAGACUAAGGGUGGUGUGUUGACAUGAGACUAAGGGUGGUGUGUUGACAUGAGACUAAGGGUGGUGUGUUGACAUGAGACUAAGGGUGGUGUGUUGACAUGAGACUAAGGGUGGUGUGUUGACAUGAGACUAAGGGUGGUGUGUUGACAUGAGACUAAGGGUGGUGUGUUGACAUGAGACUAAGGGUGGUGUGUUGACAUGAGACUAAGGGUGGUGUGUUGACAUGAGACUAAGGGUGGUGUGUUGACAUGAGACUAAGGGUGGUGUGUUGACAUGAGACUAAGGGUGGUGUGUUGACAUGAGACUAAGGGUGGUGUGUUGACAUGAGACUAAGGGUGGUGUGUUGACAUGAGACUAAGGGUGGUGUGUUGACAUGAGACUAAGGGUGGUGUGUUGACAUGAGACUAAGGGUGGUGUGUUGACAUGAGACUAAGGGUGGUGUGUUGACAAUACAAACAAGCAGCACUGUUAUACAAAUACCCCCUAUUACUGUUAAUCAUGGUAGCUAGUGGCAUUUAUUGUAGAACAAGUUUGGGAUUAAACUGUUCAGCACUACAGAACGCUCAAAUAGAAACGUAUUGCUCAGAACAGAUAUUACACAUUCAGAAAUUCUUAACCCGCUCUAUAGAUUACAAUUCUAUCUGCCACAUUCUAAACCCUCUCAGAAGCUUAUGAAUACGCCGCCAUGUUAAUUUAUUGACUUAAAUCUGGUCUUAAUAUGGUUUUAUUAAUACAGCCAUACAAAAGUAGUGCACUAUAUAGGGAAUAGGGUGCAGAUUGAGACGCAAUCUGACUGUAGUGUCUACCGGCAUUCUUGUGUUAAAUUAUGGACUGGUCCUGGUAUUUUUUAGGAGUCAAUUCAAUCAAAAUAUCGUGACACACGCUCUCCUCCACUCUGAUGCAGGCAUAUGGGAGCUGUUAGCAGCAAAUUACUUCACCAACCCAAAUAUCCAGGUUACCCAACCGGCUGGCACUGAGGCAUUGCCCAAUUCUCAUCACUCUUAAACAGUAGGCACUGCCUGACCGAUGUAAUACCAUGAUUGGUUUAGCCCUUUAGAACAGACCGAGAGGGCUGCCUGCCCUGCGCUAGAGACCGGUUGUAUGGCUGGCUCCCUAGGUUAGACUGGGCUGUAGAUUGUGGGGGUUGUGGGAGUGAUGUGAUUUUUCCUGAUUUAAAAUGAAUCUGUAGACUUUUCUCCUGUGAUUUUUUAUUAUCAAUAACAUACCUGGGUCAUGUUCGUUAAACACGAAACAGAAGAAAACUGGGAGGCACUGUCUGUACUUGUCCAAAAAGAAACACUCAUUUUUGUUUGUGUGCAUGGCCUAAAAUUAACACCUGCCAAAUGCAGGUCGAUUUUGACUUUGGCAGGUAAGAUUUUACCAGCCAUGUUGGCGGGUGGUUAGGGUUCCACAGUGUGAGCAUUUCACUCACAUUUGUGAAUAAAAAGUAUUAUGUUCAAAGUAUUUCUGCUGUCUUGUUUCAUUGCUGGUAAAUUAAUGACACAAAGUCAAAGAACUAUGAAUCCUAUAGCUUAUCCCACCUCGCUCUGCAACACUAACUGGCUGGGGGCUGUGCGCACGUGAAGAGCUGAGUGAAAGAUUUGUUUUUAGAAGUGCUGCGCACAGGCAUAUCAGUUGGUCUAAUUUACUUGAAACGAAAGUCUACUGAAGUGAGACUUGGUCCUUGUGUUUCUUGGCUAUUUACAUUGUUUUGUUCACAAGCUAGGUUGUUUUUCAAUGUUUGAGUUUCAACUGCUAGGGAAGAGAACACACCACAGCUAUUAGUCACUCUCAAUCUCACAGGCACAUGACUUCGGGUCGCAUUAUCACGGUAACCUCCCGCCCUUAAAGGGGCAGGUGAAAAUGUUUGUGUAAUCUGUGAUAUUUUGGUUAAAAGGCUCAGGUUGCAAAAAAUCUUAAAUAAACAAUAUACUUUACUUCUUACUAGUAAUACAUGUAUUGUUUUUUAGAAACAUUACAACGCAUGCUCAUCAGUUUCUUUUCUGUUUUGUUGGUGUAAUUUUGUGUGACCCCAAAAAUAUUUUGCCUGGUAAAAAAUCGGAGUUGCUGGUAGAUUUGUAAUGGUGGGACCAAAAAUAAAAUGUUAGGCCCUGUUUGUGUGCGUAUUGAACAGGACCCUGGUGUGUUAUGACUGCAGCCUUAGCCCAAUAUGGGACACCUGUUUACUCCCUCAUUCUCACCCCUCCCUCUAUAGAAGCGUCGUUCCAGUCGUCAGGUGAAGAGGAAGCGCUAUACAGAGGAACUGGAGUUCAGGAUCUCGGACGAUGAUGGAGACGCGUCCCCCUUCAACAACUCUGAACAGCAGGUCAGCACCCACAGAAUGUGUGUGCGCGAGUGUCUGCGUUCCAGAGAGACCGUGUGUGUGUGUGUGUGUGUGUGUGUGCGUUCCAGAGAGACCGUGUGUGUGUGAGAGAGAAUAGGUUUGUGCUCAUUGCUCUUCAUUACUUUUAAGCCGGGCUAAUGUUGUUCAAUCUGUGUGACUGUAGGAGGUGGAGACAGAGGGGCCUGUGGUGGAGAAGAUCAUGGCAAUACGCAUGGGGAAGAAGGUGGUGAGGCACACACACACACACACACACACACACCCUCCAAGGCAGCUGUCUGUGGAGAGAGAAAGGGUACCAGCACCCCUGCCCUGGUCAUCUUAUGAACCACUGCUUGACCAGCUCUAAGCAGGUUACACACCCACACACCCUCCCUCUUAAACAGCUGCUUCGUAGACGAGUCUAGCAGUGGUCUGGAGUGGAGACAGUGUGACAGUUGGCGUCUCGUGACUUUUGAGCUGGGUUAUGAGAGUUAUGAGACUUGUCUCUUUUACUUGGGGAAGUUCACCAAAUGUUACAUGUAUACUUAUUUUCACUCCUUUCUAUGCUUGUAGUUGAUCCAUCAAACAAUGUUUUUAUAUUUUGUUUCAUUACAGAGAAAAUUGGUAGACACAUUUUGCUGAGUCAUAUAUUGCGUUAUGAAAAUGUUUCUAAAGCAUGUUAAAAAAUGCUCCAACACUCCAAAUCAACUCCUAUUACAUCAGAAUCCCAUUCAAAAUUGUCUCUGAACAUUUUUUUAUUUUACGUUCCCUUAAAUCCAUAUUUGCAUAUUUUUGUUGUUGUAAACGGCAUCAUUCAAACAUCGAUUUAUGGCACAGUGGAGCAUUUCUUUAAAAAAAUGUAGUGCAGAGGCAUCAUUCAGAACGGAUUCUGAUUUAAUGUGAGUUGGUGUGAAGUGUUUUGGUGUUUUCUAAUAUGCUUUAGACAUAUUUGCAUAUUGCAUUAUAGUCAAUGGCAAGUGAUGACUCAGCAAUUUUCUCUGUAACGAAACAAAAAAAACGGUUUGGGAGGGGAUCAACUACAAUCACAGAAAGAGUGAAAAUAAGGCCACAUGUAAAAAUGGGUGAACUUCCCUUUAAAAGUCCAGAUACUUCAUUGACUGUAUCUCUUGUUUGCAGUGAAGGGGUGAUACUGUACUCUAGUACUGGUUGUAUAGAGAGGUAAAGUAGGGGGAGGAGAAAACGAGAAUUUGUUACAUUGCACUUCAGACAGGGUAGGGGGUGUGAGAGGUGUGUGUGUGUGUGAGAGAGUGGUGUGUGAGAGAGUGGUGUGUGAGAGAGUGGUGUGUGAGAGAGUGGUGUGUGUGAGAGAGUGGUGUGUGAGAGUGGUGUGUGCGUGUGAGAGAGUGGUGUGAGAGAGUGGUGUGAGAGAGUGGUGUGUGUGUGUAUGUGAGAGAGUGGUGUGAGAGAGUGGUUGGUGUGUGAGAGUGGUUGGUGUGUGAGAGAAUGGUUGGUGUGUGUGUGUGUGAGAGUGGUGUGUGUGUGUGUGUGUGGUGUGGUGGGUGUGUGUGUGUGUGUGAGAGUGGUGUGUGGUUUGACGAGUGUGUGUGUGGAGAGUGGUGUGGUGGGUGUGUGGUGAGAGGUGGUGUUGUGGUGUGUGUUGUGUGGUGAGAGAUUGUUUGGUGUGUGUUGUGUGUGCGGUGUGUGUUGUGUGAGCGAGAGUGGUUGUGUGUUGUGUGGUGUGUGCGGAUGGGUGUGUGGUGGGGGUGUGUGGAGUGUGUUGUUGACGUUGGUUUGUGUUUGGGCUGGUGUGUGUGAGAGAGUGGUGUGGUGUGGUGCUCGACAGACCUGUGGUGUGUGUGUGAGUAAUGGGUGUUGUGAGUGUGUGUGUCGAGAAUGGGGUGUGGGUUGUGUGAUGUGUGGUAAUGUGUGUGUGUGUGUGAGAGUGAGUGUGUGAGAAUGUGUGGGUGGUGGCGGUCUCAGGGAUGUUCUUCUUCGCACCCUUUCCAAAAGCUGCUCCAAAACAAAGCUUGGUUCACAUUUUUACAUUUUAGUCAUUUAGCAGACGCUCUUAUCCAGAGCGACUUACAGUUAGUGAGUACAUACAUUUUCAUACUGCCCCCCCGUGGGAAUCGAACCCACAACCCUGCUCAACGCCAUGCUCUACCAACUGAGCUACACGUUCACCUCUGCCAAAAACAAUAUGAGCACUCGCACAGGCUGUCUGGCGGGACUCAAAAGUAAGGCAGCUGCGAAUGGGUAACCCCCCUCCACCACACCCCCCCGCCUUACACACACCCUUCCAGAGGAAACGCUGGUUUGGCGUCUGUCGUAGCGCUGUGGUUUUGGCAGGAAGACGGGCCUCGGGUCAGCUCUCUGAAUGGAACCGUGUGUGUGUGCACAGUGUAUCGCGCCCGUGUGUGUGCGUGUUUGAAGUUUUAUUAGUCGUAUGUACAGGAUACACAUGGUAUACGCCAUCCAGGGAAAUGCUUACUUGCAGGUUCCCUCUCGACACUGCAACAACAAUAAGAAAUAAUACAAGAUAAGAAUACCAACAUAAAGUAAAUGGCUCAGUAGAAAAGAAUUAACAUUUUAGCUUAAGUAUAAUACAGGAAGGCACAAUUUAUAGUCCAACAUUUACCGAUGUAUCAGGGAAGGGGCAUCGGGGCCGUGUAUAUCAGGGAAGGGGCAUCGGGGCCGUGUGUAUCAGGGAAGGGGCAUCGGGGCCGUGUAUAUCAGGGAAGGGGCAUCGGGGCCGUGUGUAUCAGGGAAGGGGCAUCGGGGCCGUGUGUAUCAGGGAAGGGGCAUCGGGGCCGUGUGUAUCAGGGAAGGGGCAUCGGGGCCGUGUGUAUCAGGGAAGGGGCAUCGGGGCCGUGUGUAUCAGGGAAGGGGCAUCGGGGCCGUGUGUAUCAGGGAAGGGGCAUCGGGGCCGUGUGUAUCAGGGAAGGGGCAUCGGGGCCGUGUGUAUCAGGGAAGGGGCAUCGGGGCCGUGUGUAUCAGGGAAGGGGCAUCGGGGCCGUGUGUAUCAGGGAAGGGGCAUCGGGGCCGUGUGUAUCAGGGAAGGGGCAUCGGGGCCGUGUGUAUCAGGGAAGGGGCAUCGGGGCCGUGUGUAUCAGGGAAGGGGCAUCGGGGCCGUGUGUAUCAGGGAAGGGGCAUCGGGGCCGUGUAUAUCAGGGAAGGGGCAUCGGGGCCGUGUGUAAGUGAUUCACGAGUCAUCGCACAGACAGAGUGGAGAUGGUUAGGGGUGGGGACUUAUUGUCAGUUUUCUUCUUGUCUCCGAAAGUACAGAGAGAACUCUGUGGCAAAAUACGUUUGUUAGACGUUACUACUUUGUUAGAGAAAACGGUGGCAUUGAUUUUUUUUUUUUUUUUUUUAUACAUAUAUAUUUUUUGCUUCCAACUCUAAUCAACAACUGACACAAAUAUUAACUUUUUCCACAGAUGGAAUCGGGAGAGGAAAUGGAAGUGGAAGAAUUCUAUGUGAAGUUCAAGAGCUUGUGAGUACCGACACGACAGUGGCCUUGGUUCACUAUGUCAUUUUAUUUCCUCAAGCUUCGGGGGGAAAUGGUGGAUAAACGUGAAAUCUAAUAAACACUGUAAACCACUGUUUACUGUUUGGACCGAAGAGGAAACUGUAUAAUGCUAUAAAUCUCUAGAUUAGCACAUGUUUGGGUGCGUGUGUGAUGUCUGAAAGUGUUAUGUUGUGUGAUGGUGCGUCUGUGUAUUUUCUGUUGUCUUUUUGUGAGGUGUGUUUAUGGUGUAUGAGAUAUGGUGUGUAUAUUAUAGCAUGUGUGUGUAUGAGAUAUGGUGUGUAUAUAAUAGCGUGUGUGUGUUUUGGUGUGUGUAUGAGAUAUGGUGUGUAUAUAAUAGCGUGUGUGUGUAUGUAACGGUGUGUAUUCCCCCCCGCUCUCUCUGUGUAGCUCCUACCUGCACUGUCGCUGGGCAGAUCUGGAGGAACUUGAGAAAGACAAAAGGAUCCACCAGAAGGUCAAGCGGUUCAGGGCCAAACAGGCCCUCCCCACCUUCGUGACAGAGGUCAGUCCCGCACCUCUAUCUUUCCCCAGUGUUUAGCUGCCAUUUUGUGUCAGCUUUGACACCCGCUGUAGAAUCCGUUUAUUUCCUUUUGCCCACUUUCAACUUCAGAGGAUUCAAUUACAUAAUGUUAUAUUGGUUGGGUGAAUUAGAUCUAGACUGCACAGAAGGAAACCAAGCCAUUCACUCUCUGCUAUCGUAACACUAACCUCUACGUGGCCGUCCCUCUCUCCUGCCCUCCUCCAGAUGGAUGACGAGCCUUUCAACCCAGACUACGUUGAGGUGGACCGGGUACUGGACGUGUCAGAGAGCACAGAUGAGAACGGAGAGGUGCGUUCCUUCUCUCGCUCUCUCCCUCCUUCCUGUUCUAUAUGGCCUCUAAAUGACCUCCAAAGUUGGAAUACGUUAGGUUAUGUCCUUGAUUGAAGUUUAUUGGCUAAACGUUCCUUUUUAAGUUCCGGCCAAACGUUGCCCUUUCCUUUCUUCUUGGAGUCACAGAAAGACACACACACACUAUAACCCCCCCCACACACUAUAACCCCACCCACACUAUAACCCCCACCCACACACUAUAACCCCCCCACAACACUAUAACCCCCCACACAACACACACGAGAACCCCACACACACACGAGAACCCCCCCACACACAGAACCCGCCCCCAAGAGAACCCCCCACACAACGAGAACCCCCACACACACGAGAACCCCCACAAAAAAAACCCCACACACACGAGAACCCCAACACACGAGAACACCCCACACACACAGAGAAACCCCCACAACACAAACCCCCACACACCACAAGAAACCCGCCAACACAAGAACCGCCCCACGAGAUACCCACACAAACACGAGAACCCCCCACAGAGAAACCCACAAAACAUGAAACCCCACACACGAGAAAACCCCCCAAACACACCGAAAAACCCCCCAACACGAGAAACGACCCCAAAAAAACCGCCCCCAACGGGGAAAAACCCCCCACACACACAAAGAAACCCCCCAACACACAGGAGAACCCCCACCACACAAAGAGACCCCACACACAACCCCCACACGAGAAAACCCCCACACACACACACAAGAGAACCCCAACAAAAGAAAACCCCCACCCACCACAAGAAAACCAACCCCAACAACGAGAAACCCCACACGAGAAACCCCCCACACCAAACAGAACACCCACACAACAUAAAAAAACCCCCACCCCAAAAAACAAAAACCAACCAAGAACCCCACACAAAAAAAAUAACCCCAAAAAAACUAAACCCCAAAAACAAACCACUAUAACACCAACAACAAACACACAUAAACCCCACACAUAACCCCACACACACAUAUAACCCCCACACACACCCCCACACACACACACUAUAACCCCCACACACACCUACACCCCCCACACAAAUAUAACCCCCACACACCCCACUAAACCCCCCACACACACACUAACCCUCCCACCACACACAUUUAACCCCACACACAUAGACACACAUUACCCCUCCCCCCACACUAACCCCCUCUCUGCCCCCCCCUCCCCUCCCCAGCCGUAAAGCUGUACCUGGUGAAGUGGUGCUCCCUGCCCUAUGAGGAUAGCACAUGGGAGCUGAAGGCCGACAUCGACCAGGCCAAGAUCGAUGAGUACGAGGCCGUGGCAGCCCGCCAGCCCGAGACCAAGCGUUUGGUGCGUAAUAAAAACUCUCCUGCUGCCUUUUUCUUACAUUUUACGGCCCCUGCCCUUUAACGCAGAGCCAGCAAGGCCGAGCUCCUGCGGUCGCACGUAAACCACUAACGGCAGGCUUUUAUUUGAAACAGGAGCGACCUCCCACCGAAGACUGGCAGAAAUCCGAGAGUUCCAGGGAUUAUAAAAACGACAACGCACUCAGGGAAUACCAGCUGGAGGGAGUGAACUGGCUGCUCUUCAACUGGUACAAUACGUAAGGAGAAUAACUUUCUGUGCGUCCGUGCAUGUGUUAAGCUAUAUGACAUAUGUGUGUGACCCGCUAUUAUAUAAGGUGUAUAUAUUAUGGAACAUUUACAUAGUAGAAUAUUCAAGAUAUCUACUGACUAGUCUAAAGUCCAAAAUGUCAUAAAAACCCACAAUUACUCAAUAACAAGUAGGACCAUAUAUGCUAUGUGUUUAUCCAACACACUCACAUAUAUAAUACUGAACCAUGUCACCCAGCAUGCGUCAAUACAAUCAACACAUCCAUGCCCCAUAUUGUGUCCUCCAACCCAUGUGUGUACCCAAGCUGUGCUUUUCUCACACCAAUCAUUAAUGUGUGAUCUACCACUGCUGCACACGACACACACACACACACACGCAGUCAGUAUGACGCUAUAGAAAACCUCCCACACAGACAACUUCUUAAUUUGAGUGUCAUUGAUCUGCCCCAACAGGGUUAGUUAACUGUUCAUUAGAUUACUCACUCACUAAUAGAGUGCACAGAGACUUAAGGACCCACUAUUGCCAAUAUUGUGCUUUAUUUAGGACUCUAGUCAAAGGUAGGGCGCACUAUAGGGUGAAUAGGGUGUAAUUUGAGACAGACACUAUCCCUGUUACAUCUCAUUUUCUCUUCUCCUGUCUGUCCUCCUUGAAGACCCAUUUAGAUGAAUCGCUCCUGCUAAUACAGUGACUUUCACCAUGUUUCCCCCCCCCCCUCCAGACGGAACUGCAUCCUAGCAGAUGAAAUGGGCCUGGGCAAGACCAUCCAGUCCAUCACAUUCCUUUAUGAGAUCUACCUGAAGGGCAUUCACGGGCCCUUUCUGGUCAUCGCCCCGCUCUCCACCAUUCCAAACUGGGAGAGGGAGUUCCGCACGUGGACCAAUCUCAACGUCAUCGUCUACCACGGCAGCCAGGCCAGCCGCAAGACCAUCCAGGCCUACGAAAUGAACUACCGCGACGCGCAGGUACGUCGUGACUGUACUGUAACCAUGACCUAACCAUACCAUAACUAUAACAGUACCAUCCAGUUCUACGAGUUGGAACUACAGGUAUGACCUAACCUGACCAUAAAAAGACCAUUAAGGCCAGAUGCACAGGUAACAUGACCUUAAUGUAACGAUACUAUAGCUUUGUAACACCGGCCUGUGAGGUGAACCCAACCACACCAUAAACGUACCAUUACAUAACAAACCAUAACCUCACAAGACACUCAGGUCUAAGUGACACAGACAAUCAAGCCUGCCUAGCCACAUGGAUACAUUAUAGUAUGGUACAGUAGGUUCUUAACCCUAAUCUAAGAAUAAUCCCACAAAAGCACCUUAGAGACGCUCAGGUAUUUAACGACAUUAACCAGCGCUCCACACUGACCGUACCGACGAAAUAAAGAGUGACCGGAAUGUGACCCUAACCUACUCCAUUAACCAUUUAAAUGUGUACACUACCGGUCAAAAGUUUUAGAACACCUACUCAUUCAAGGGUGUUUCUUCAUUUUUACUAUUAUCUACAUUGUAGAAUAAUAAUGAAGACAUCAAAACUAUGAGAACACAUAUGGAAUCAUGUAUUAACCAAAAAAGUGUUACACAAAUCAAAAUAUAUUUUAUAUUUGAGAUUCUUCAAAUAGCCACCCUUUACCUUGAUGACAGCUUUGCACACUCUUGGCAUUCUCUCAACCAGCUUCGUGAGGUAGUCACCUGGAAUGCAUUUCAAUUAACAGGUGUACCUUCUUAAAAGUUAAUUUGUGGAAUUUCUUUCCUCCUUAAUGCAUUUGAGCCAAUCAGUUGUGUUGUGACAAGGUAGGGGUGGUAUACAGGAGAUAGCCCUAUUUGGUGAAAUACCAAGUCCAUAUUAUGGCAAGAACAGCUCAAAUAAGCAAAGAGAAACGACAGUUCAUCAUUACUUUGAGACGCGAAGGUCAGUCAAUACGGAACAUUUCAAGAACUUUGAAAGUUUCUUCAAGCGCAGUCGCAAAAACAAUCAAGCGCUAUGAUGAAACUGGCUCUCAUGAGGACCGCCACAGGAAUGGAAGACCCAGAGUUACCUCUGCUGCAGAGGAUAAGUUCAUUAGAGUUACCAGCCUCAGAAAUUGCAGCCCAAAUAAAUGCCUCACAGAGUUCAAUUAACAGACACAUCUCAACAUCAACUGUUCAGAGGAGACUGUGUGAAUCAGGCCUUCAUGGUCAAUUUGCUGCAAAGAAACCACUGCUAAAGGACACCAAUAAUAAGAAGAGACUUGCUUGGGCCAAGAAACACGAGCAAUGGACAUUAGACAGGUGGAAAUUUGUCCUUUGGUCUGGAGUCCAAAUUGGAGAUUUAUGGUUCCAAUUGCUGUGUCUUUGUGAGACGCGGUGUGGGUGAACGGAUGAUCUCCGCAUAUGUAGUUCCCAACGUAAAGCACGGAGGAGGAGGUGUUAUGGUGUGGGGGUGCUUUGCUGGUGACACGGUCUGUGAUUUAUUUAGAAUUCAAGGCACACUUAACCAGCAAGGCUACCACAGCAUUCUGCAGCGAUACGCCAUCCCAUCUGGUUUGGGCUUAGUGGGACUAUCAUUUGUUUUUCAACAGGACAAUGACCCAACACACCUCCAGGCUGUGUAAUGGCUAUUUGACCAAGAAGGAGAGUGAUGGAGUGCUGCAUCAGAUGACCUGGCCUCCACAAUCCCCCAACCUCAACCAAAUUGAGAUGGUUUGGGAUGAGUCGGACUGCAGAGUGAAGGAAAAGCAGUGGAAAAGCAGUCAACAAGUGCUCAGCUUAUGUGGGAACUGUUGGAAAAGCGUGCCAGGUGAAGCUUGUUGAGAGAAUGCCAAGAGUGUGCAAAGCUGUCAUCAAGGUGGCUAUUUGAAGAAUCUCAAAAAUAAACUAUUUUGAUUUGUUUAACACUUUUUUUGUUACUACAUGAUUCCAUAUGAGUUAUUUCAUAGUUUUGAUGUCGUCACUAUUAUUCUACAAUGUAGAAAAUAGUAAAAAUAAAGAACAACCCUUAGAACACCUACUCAUUUAAAACUUUUGACCGGUAGUGUAUACCUACUCCACUAACCAUUUUAAAUGUGUAAUCUUACUCCAUUAACCUCACACUUGAGCCAUUAUGUUUAAUUCAGUAUAUGUUGAGUCCAUUUUGAUUCAGUAAAUUGACCAAAGGCCAGAUUUCCCUGACCAUAACCAGGGUCCAGAGUUUCUCCGAUUGAUUCAAGUAGGAAAAACUACUGGCCAUACACCAUGACACUCACUCUUCCCUGUGUUCUGACCUCGCUCUCCCUCGCCCUCUUCGCCUCCCUCCAUCUUCAGGGCCGUGUGAUAAAGGGAGCGUACAAAUUCCAUGCGGUCAUCACCACAUUUGAGAUGAUUCUGACAGACUGCCCGGAGCUGCGCAGCGUCCCGUGGCGCUGUGUGGUCAUCGACGAGGCUCACCGCCUCAAGAACAGGAACUGCAAACUGCUGGAGGGACUCAAGAUGAUGGACAUGGUGAGUUGACACGGAGAGAAAUGUCUAGUUGAUAACUUCCAUCUCUACUGUGUUUUUUUUGGAAGACUUGCAAUUGAACCUGUUGGAAAAUAAGCAAUAUUUAUUGAAAAAUGCUAAUAUUUUAUGGACAUCAAUUGGACGUUUCCACCCUCCUUCUCUCCUAUCACAGGAGUAAUAAAAUAAUAUCUAUAAUGACCUACUGGAAGGAGCUAAGUAUAGUAAAAAACCUCUCUCUCCCCUGUGAAGGAGCACAAGGUGCUGCUGACUGGGACCCCCCUGCAGAACACGGUGGAAGAGCUCUUCAGUCUGCUCAACUUCCUGGAGCCAGAACGCUUCCCCUCGGAGAACACCUUCAUGCAGGAGUUUGGAGACCUCAAGACUGAGGAGCAAGUCCAGAAGCUGCAGGCCAUCCUGAAGCCCAUGAUGCUGCGACGUCUCAAGGAGGACGUGGAGAAGAACCUGGCCCCCAAGGAGGAGACCAUCAUCGAGGUUUCUGUAUUUGAAUUUUUGUGUGCUCCUCAUGGUCAAAUGAUGUAAUUUCUCUCCACUGAGUAUACCUAACUAAUCUCCUGUUCUCAGGUGGAGCUGACCAACAUCCAGAAGAAGUACUACCGGGCCAUCCUGGAGAAGAACUUCUCCUUUCUGUCUAAAGGAGGACCGGGAGGAGGAGGUGGCGCAUGGGGAGGUGGAGGGGCUCAGGUCCCCAACCUUCUCAACACCAUGAUGGAGCUGAGGAAGUGCUGCAACCACCCCUACCUCAUCAACGGUACAGAACACGCACACAAAAGGCGCCCGCGUGCUUCCCAUCCGAAACAGUUCGUUUUGGUCUUCGAGGGUUUUCUCAGCUGUUCGUGCACACUACAUUUUUUUCUCGAAGUCUACGCCCCUUCGUUGGUGAUUGGUCUAAGAUCUCCUCGACAAUAAAGUCUAAAUUAAUAGCAUUUUUCUUGAGUUAUCUUCGAUGAAUUCGGACUAUUUUGACAAAGUUUAUACUGACUACGGCGUCUCAAGAUGGACAAACAGUACUAUUUAUGCUUUUUUUCUCAUUUUUCAAGCGAAGGUCUUUUAAGGUAGUAUGCGAGCACACUCGUUUGGUUCGCCUAGCCGAGUUAAGCUAGGUGCCAGCCGAACCGAAGCAUGCGGAAUGCUUAACACACACACUAACAUAGUGUUUUGGAUGCUCUGAGUGUUGAUUUGCCCCAACCACUGUUGGUACUUGGCUUGGGUUGGUUUGUGAACUUGCUGGGUUUAGUCUCACUGCUUUGAUUGAUUCUGAUGCAUGGCCGUUUAUGUUCUAUGAUGUUCUAGGUGCAGAGGAGAAGAUCCUGGAAGACUUCCGUGAGAACCACCAUGCCGAGAUGCCCCAGUUCCACCUACAGGCCAUGAUCCAGGCGGCGGGCAAGCUGGUGCUGAUCGACAAGCUGCUGCCCAAGCUGAAGGCCGGGGGACACAGGGUCCUCGUCUUCUCCCAGAUGGUGCGCUGCCUGGACAUCCUGGAGGACUACCUCAUCCAGAAACGGUAUGGAUCUGACCUUUUACAUUUUAGUCAUUUAGCAGACGCUCUUAUCCAGAGUGACUUACAGUUAGUGAAUACAUAUUUUUUUAUACUGGCCACCCGUGGGAAUCGAACCCACAACCCUGGCGUUGCAAACGCCAUGCUCUAUCAACUGAGCUACAUCCCUGCCGGCCAUUCCCUCCCCUACCCUGGACGACGCUGGGCCAAUUGUGCGCCGCCCAUGAGUCUCCCGGUCGCGGCCGGCUGCGACAGAGCCUGGAUUCGAACCAGGAUCUCGAGUGGCACGGUUAGCACUGCGCCACUCAGGAGUACCCCUGAAGUACCCCUUUUAUGUUCUCAUCCAGAUUUUCUCUUCCAUUCCACUCUUACCUAACCCAGGGGAUUGAAACUGGAGCCCUGCAUGCCAGAUGUGGCCUGCAAGCCAAUUUUAAUAUAGGCCGCAGUUGUCUUAGUAAAUGAGUUUGAGAGCCCUACCCUAAUGACACUCCAUAGAUUAUUUCCCAUCUUCAGAUUUGAAUUGUUGAUGCAUUUGAACAUCACUAUAUUUCAUACUAUAUAUAAAUGUAAUGUAUUUUACUAGUCAUCUGCGCCAACACAUCAAUGACAGCGAGCACAUCAAUGACAAAGUCAGAAAUGCGGGUUGUUUUUUAUAAUUGUGUUAAAUCCGUUGUUGAUGAAGCUGACCAUGACUGUCUCAAUCUGACCAGGUACCCGUACGAGCGUAUCGACGGCCGUGUGAGGGGUAACCUCCGGCAGGCUGCGAUUGACCGCUUCUCUCGUCCGGACUCUGACCGCUUUGUCUUCCUGCUGUGUACCCGGGCUGGAGGCCUGGGCAUCAACCUGACCGCUGCUGACACCUGCAUCAUCUUUGACUCGGACUGGAACCCCCAGAAUGACUUACAGGUGAGAGGACUGGGCAGGGCUUGGAAAUAGUGUUACCACUUUGUUUAAUAGUCAAGUUGAAGACGCAAUUUUUUAAAAUACUUUGGUCACUACUCAAAUAACUACACAGGUAAAUACAAAUCAAAUCAAUUUUUAUUUGUCACAUGCGCCAAAUACAGCAGUGAAAUGCUUACUUACAAGCCCUUAACCAACAAUGCAGUUUUAAGAAAGAAUACCAAAACAAAUCACACAAAAAAAUACAAUAUAAAAUAAUACGAAAUAAAAGUAACAAAUAAUUAAAGAGCAGCAGUAAAAAUAACAAUAGCGAGGCUAUAUACGGGGGUACCGGUACCUAGUCAAUGUGCGGGGGACACCUGUUAGUUGACGUAAUAUGUAAAUGUAGGUAUAGUUAUUAAAGUGACUCUGCAUAGAUAAUAAACAGAGAAGAGGGGGGGGGGGGGCAGCAGCAGCAAUGCAAAUAGUCUGGGGUAGCCAUUUGAUUAGCUGUUCAGGAGUCUUAUGGCUUGGGGGGUAGAAGCUGUUUAGAAGCCUCUUGGACCUAGACUUGAAGCUCCGGUACUGCUUGCCGUGCGGUAGCAGAGAGAACAGUCUAUGACUAAGGUGGCUGGAGUCUUUAUACCGCCUGGUAUAGAGGUCCUGGAUGGCAGGAAGCUUGGCCCCAGUGAUGUACUGGGCCGUACGCACUACCCUCUGUAGUGCCUUGCGGUCGGAGGCCGAGCAGUUGCCAUACCAGGCAGUGAUGCAACCAGUCAGGAUGCUCUCGAUGGUGCAGCUGUAGAACCUUUUUGAGGAUCUGAGGACGCAUGCCAAAUCUUCUCCUUAGGGGGAAUAGGUUUUGUCAUGCCCUCUUCACGAUUGUCUUGGUGUGCUUGGACCAUGUUAGUUUGUUGGUAAUGUGGACACCAAAGAACUUGAAGUUCUCAACCUGCUCCACUACAGCCCCGUCGAUGAGAAUGGGGGCGUGCUCGGUCCUUCUCCUGUAGUCCACAAUCAUCUCCUUUGUCUUGAUCACGUUGAGGGAGAGGUUGUUGUCCUGGCACCACACGGCCAGGUCUCUGACCUUCUCCCUAUAGGCUGUCUCAUCGUUGUCGGUGAUCAGGCCUACCACUGUUGUCAUCGGCAAACCUAAAGAUUGUGUUGGAGGCAUGCCUGGCCAUGCAGUCAUGGGGAGUACAGGAGGGGACUGAGCACGCACCCCUGAGGGGCCCCCGCGUUGAGGAUCAGCAUGGCGGAUGUGUUGUUACCUACCCUUACCACCUGGGGGCAGCCUGUCAGGAAGUCCAGGAUCCAGUUGCAGAGGGAGGUGUUUAGUCCCAGGGUCCUUAGCUUAGUGAUGAGCUUUGAGGGCACUAUGGUGUUGAACGCUGAGCUGUAGUCAAUGAAUAGCAUUCUCACGUAGGUGUUCCUUUUGUCCAGGUGUGAAAGGGCAGUGUGGAGUGCAAUAGAGAUUGCAUCAUCUGUGGAUCUGUUGGGGCGGUAUGCAAAUUGGAGUGGGUCUAGGGUUUCUGGGAUACUGGUGCUGAUGUGAGCCAUGACCAGCCUUUCAAAGCACUUCAUGGCUACAGACGUGAGUGCUACGGACCGGUAGUCAUUCAGGCAGGUUACCUUAGUGUUCUUGGGCACAUGGACUAUGGUGGUCUGCUUGAAAAAUUUUGGUAUUACAGACUCAGACAGGGAGAGGUUGAAAAUGUCAGUGAAGACACUUGCCAGUUGGUCAGCGCAUGCUCUGCGUACACGUCCUGGUAAUCCGUCUGGCCUUGUGAAUGUUGACCUGUUUAAAGGUCUUACUCACAUCGGCUACGGAGAGCGUGAUCACACAGUCAUCCGGAACAGCUGAUGCUCUCAUGCAUGUUUCAGUGUUGCUUGCCUCGAAGCGGGCAUAUAAGUAAUUUAGAUCGUCUGAUAGGCUCGUGUCACUGGGCAGCUCGCCGCUGUGCUUCCCUUUGUAGUCUGUAAUAGUUUGCAAGCCCUGCCACAGCGGCAGCUCUACCCUUUAGCUCAGUGCGGAUGUUGCCUGUAAUCCAUGGCUUCUAGUUGGCGUAUGUACGUAAGGUCACUGUGGGGACGACGCCAUCAAUGCAUUUAUUGAUGAAGCCAAUGCCACUCCUCAAUGCCAUCUGAAGAAUCUUGGAACAUAUUCCAGUCUGUGCUAGCAAAACAGUCCUGUAGCUUACCAUCUGCUUCAUCUGACCACCUUUUUAUUGACCGAGUCGCUAGUGCUUCCUGCUUUAGUUUUUGCUUGUAAGCAGGAAUCAGGAGGAUAUAAUUAUGGUCAGAUUUGCCUAAUGGAGGGCGAGGGAGAGCUUUGUACGCGUCUCUGUGUGUGGAGUAAAGGUGGUCUAGAAUUUUUUUCCCUCUGGUUGCACAUUUAACAUGCUGGUAGAAAUGAGGUGAAACGGAUUUAAGUUUCCCUGCAUUAAAGUCCCCGGGCACUAGGCGCGUCGCCUCUGGAUGGGCGUUUUCCUGUUUGCUUAUGGCCUUAUACAGUUAGUUCACUGAGUGCGGUCUUAGUGCCAGCAUCGGUUUCUGGUGGUAAAUAGACAGCUACGAAGAAUAUAGAUCAAAACUCUCUUGGUCGAUUGUGUGGUCUACAGCUUAUCAUGAGAUACUCUACCUCAGGCGAGCAAAACCUCGAGACUUCCUUAGAUAUCGUGCACCAGCUGUUGUUUACAAAUAUAGACCGCCACCCCUUGUCUUACCGGAGGCUGCUGUUCUAUUCUUCUGAUACAGUGUAUAACCCACCAGCUGUAUGUUAUUCAUGUCUUCGUUUGUUGGUAGGAUAUACAGUGGGGGAAAAAAGUAUUUAGUCAGCCACCAAUUGUGCAAGUUCUCCCACUUAAAAAGAUGAGAGAGGCCUGUAAUUUUCAUCAUAGGUACACGUCAACUAUGACAGACAAAUUGAGGGGAAAAAAUCCAGAAAAUCACAUUGUAGGAUUUUUAAUGAAUUUAUUUGCAAAUUAUGGUGGAAAAUAAGUAUUUGGUCACCUACAAACAAGCAAGAUUUCUGGCUCUCACAGACCUGUAACUUCCUCUUUAAGAGGCUCCAGUUCCAUCAGUCAUAGGAGAAGCACACAUUUGUAAACAUUAAUUCUGUCAAACAUGCCUAGUUAGCUAGCAUCCGCUGAUCAAAUCUAUGGGCUUGUUAUGCUCGUCCAGAGCCAACUCAAGAUGGGAUCAAAAUGGAUGCAAUGCUACUGAAGUAUGCUACCCAUAAUUCCAGCCUUCAACACAGGUGCUGCUUCUGGCCCUCGUAAAAAAAACAAGUAUUUUUACAACUAAAUAAAUCCAGCCGGCACUGCCAAAGGGCAAAGCAAUAUUUUCCAACUCCAUAGACACAAGGUAGGCAGAUACAGUGGGGAAAAAAAGUAUUUAGUCAGUCACCAGUUGUGCAAGUUCUCCCACUUAAAAAGAUGAGAGAGGCCUGUAAUUUUCAUCAUAGGUACACGUCAACUAUGACAGACAAAUUGAGAUUUUUUUUCUCCAGAAAAUCACAUUGUAGGAUUUCUAAUGAAUUUAUUUGCAAAUUAUGGUGGAAAAUAAGUAUUUGGUCACCUACAAACAAGCAAGAUUUCUGGCUCUCACAGACCUGUAACUUCUUCUUUAAGAGGCUCCUCUGUCCUCCACUCGUUACCUGUAUUAAUGGCACCUGUUUGAACUUGUUAUCAGUAUAAAAGACACCUGUCCACAACCUCAAACAGUCACACUCCAAACUCUACUAUGGCCAAGACCAAAGAGCUGUCAAAGGACACCAGAAACAAAAUUGUAGACCUGCACCAGGCUGGGAAGAAUGAAUCUGCAAUAGGUAAGCAGCUUGGUUUGAAGAAAUCAACUGUGGGAGCAAUUAUUAGGAAAUGGAAGACAUACAAGACCACUGAUAAUCUCCCUCGAUCUGGGGCUCCACGCAAGAUCUCACCCCGUGGGGUCAAAAUGAUCACAAGAACGGUGAGCAAAAAUCCCAGAACCACACGGGGGGACCUAGUGAAUGACCUGCAGAGAGCUGGGACCAAAGUAACAAAGCCUACCAUCAGUAACACACUACGCCGCCAGGGACUCAAAUCCUGCAGUGCGAGACGUGUCCCCCUGCUUAAGCCAGUACAUGUCCAGGCCCGUCUGAAGUUUGCUAGAGUGGAUUUGGAUGAUCCAGAAGAGGAUUGGGAGAAUGUCAUAUGGUCAGAUGAAACCAAAAUAGAACUUUUUGGUAAAAACUCAACUCGUCGUGUUUGGAGGACAAAGAAUGCUGAGUUGCAUCCAAAGAACACCAUACCUACUGUGAUGCAUGGGGGUGGAAACAUCAUGCUUUGGGGCUGUUUUUCUGCAAAGGGACCAGGACAACUGAUCCGUGUAAAGGAAAGAAUGAAUGGGGCCAUGUAUCGUGAUAUUUUGAGUGAAAACCUCCUUCCAUCAGCAAGGGCAUUGAAGAUGAAACGUGGCUGGGUCUUUCAGCAUGACAAUGAUCCCAAACACACCGCCCGGGCAAAGAAGGAGUGGCUUCGUAAGAAGCAUUUCAAGGUCCUGGAGUGGCCUAGCCAGUCUCCAGAUCUCAACCCCAUAGAAAUCUUUGGAGGGAGUUUGAAAGUCCGUGUUGCCCCAGCGACAGCCCCAAAACAUCACUGCUCUAGAGGAGAUCUGCAUGGAGGAAUGGGCCAAAAUAGCAGCAACAGUGUGUGAAAACCUUGUGAAGACUUACAGAAAACGUUUGACCUGUGUCAUUGCCAACAAAGGGUAUAUAACAAAUUGAGAAACCUUUUGACCAAAUACUUAUUUUCCACCAUAAUUUGCAAAUAAAUUCAUUAAAAAUCCUACAAUGUGAUUUUCUGGAUUUUUUUUCCUCAUUUAACCUGUCAUAGUUGACAUGUACCUAUGAUGAAAAUUACAGGCCUCUCAUCUUUUUAAGUGGGAGAACUUGCACAAUUGGUGGCUGACAAUACUUUUUUCCCCCCACUGUACGUGCCUGUAGUUCGUCCACUUUAUUAUCAAGCGAUUGUAAAUUGGCCAAUAGUAUCGAUGGCAAAAGCAGAUUAGCCACUCGUCGCCGGCUCCUUACCAAGCACCCCGAUCUCCAUCCGCGAUAUCUCCUUUUCUUUCUACUGUGAAUGACGGGGAUGAGGGCCCUGUCGGCUGUCUGGAGCAAAUCCCUUUCAUCCGAAUCAUUAGAGAGUCCAUAAAACGGCAGCCAUCCCAUCUGGCCACAUUACAGUGCUACUUCAGUAAACUUUGAAAGAAGACAGUCCUCUGUUAAAAUACAGCAGAGAGACACAUGUCGAAAUAUAGUACACAGGUUCAUAGAAACUCCUAAAACAAGAAAAACAGGGAACCGACAGAAGUGAACCUUGCCAAACAGGACACAAACAAGAUGUUAUCACACCACUGGUACACCGCUACAUUACUUUGUUUGUUGUUGUCAGUUGGUCUAUGCUUUUCUCAAUCAAAGCAUGUUUUUUCUCUCUUUCUCUUUCCAUCUCUCUCGCUCUUUUCCUCUCCCUCUCUCAGGCGCAAGCCAGAUGCCACAGGAUUGGCCAGAGCAAGGCUGUGAAGAUCUACAGACUGAUCACCAGGAACUCCUACGAGAGGGAGAUGUUUGACAAGGCCAGCCUCAAGCUGGGCCUUGACAAGGCUGUGCUGCAGUCCAUGAGUGGCCGAGAGAACGCAGCCAACGGGGUAAGACACAUGCACGCAGACCUCACACAGUUAAAUAGUAAGACCAGGCUUGAGGACAUGUUAGUAUUGUUUCUCGACAUUCUGUGGGCACCCCUGUUGAAUAAAUCUCUAAAACAGAGAUUGCUCACCUGCUUUUGUGAAAAGAGGUUAUUCUCAACUAUACUUCAUUGUCUUAUUAAAGGUGAACUAUUGUUGAUAUGCUGAGCUCAGUAGUCUAAACCUUCAAAUGUGCUCCACCACCUUAGGUGCCACAGCUAUCUAAGAAGGAGGUGGAGGACCUCCUACGUAAAGGAGCCUACGGAGCUUUGAUGGACGAGGAGGACGAGGGCUCUAAGUUCUGCGAAGAGGACAUUGACCAGAUCCUCCAGAGACGAACCCAGACCAUCACCAUUGAGUCCGAGGGCAAGGGGUCCACCUUCGCCAAGGUAGCUUCAAUAUGCUGUCUCCCAUGUUUUCUUAGCACCCGUUUUGUAACACGUUCGUUCAUUUUAGUGGUUAGUAGCAUAGGAAUUGAAUUACUAGAACAGAUUUCCCAUUCAAGUCAAUGGGUCUAGGUGGACUGACGGCCCAUUUUAGUAUUUCUAUUUUUAUGCUCAUUACCAGUAGAGAUCCACGCUCCUUCAGAAUCAAACUGUGCAGUGUCAGUGGGAGCUCGUUCCAGUGGCCAACCCAGCAGCACUUCUUUGAGAUCAAAAGCGUAAUUGGAAAAGAAAUGGCGAAGAAAAUGCAUUCAGGAGAUUCACCAUUUCUUAUUUUCCCCUUUUCCCCAGGCCAGCUUUGUGGCCGCUGGGAACAGGACGGACAUUUCCCUGGAGGACCCGGACUUCUGGCAGAAGUGGGCCAAGAAGGCGGAGCUCGACAUGGAAGCCAUCAAUGGACGGGUGAGCUUCGGGAAAUUGUGUUGUGGGAAAUGUAGUGUAACAGGGAUGACCUAAGGGGCAAAGACUUGGCUUGGUCAGUAUUUGUCUCUCAAGGAAUGCAAAAAAAUUAAAAUGCUAAGGGUUGAACUGUAACAGGUAGUGUUGUCACGAUACCAGAAUUUUGACUUCGAUACCAAUACCAGGUUUAGUAUCACGACACUUGAUACCAUCAAGAAACUCUAUUCCAAAACGAUACUACGGCAAAAACAAGAAGGCAUAUUAGCCAAAGUCACAGUAUGGUACUUGAUCCAGACAGAUAAACUCAGCUACUGCUCUGUUCAAUCGUUGGGCAUCUUUUGAGUUCAAUAUCAUUACAUUUGAAUGUUUUCACGUCAACAUUUUUCAGAGACAUCCAUUUAUGUAUUAAUGAAUCAAUUAUACAAUCAAUUUGACUUUGUUUUUACCAAUAUAACCACAUAAUGGUAAUCAUUUGUUUGAAUGGUAAAUCUCUAUUGAUAAACUGGGUAAAUCAAGAUGUAGCCUAGGCCAGGGUUUCCAUUAGCCGGUAAUAGCUUUUGUCCGAAAAAUAAUAAUAGAAAAGCCGAUAAAUAAAAUUAGCGCAAGCCAAUUGUCCAGGAGAAGAUAAAAACCCAGGCGGCCCCAGGACCGUGUGUACAGUAUAUUCGUUAUGUAGCUUAGGCCUAUCUUAUUUAUCACACACGUACAGCAUACAGAGCCUUUGAGUGGGAAAUCUGUCAGACAGCGCAAGAGCUGCUGCAGCGUCUUGUGGUGCUUUCAAGAAAACUGGGAAUUCUGAGUCAUCUUUAAACCCUGGAUUGCUAAUGCUAUGUAUUGGCCAGUGAGAGGCUUUGAAGCCACCUAUCGGCCAUAUUGGCACUCAUCCGAAGAAGCAGUUCGCCAUAGGAAUUAAUGGUAUUCUACAGAAUUUCAAUUAAAUGUUUCAAGGACAAAAUGUUAUGUAUUGAAGUAUUUGUAGUGGGAACAGUAAGUUUAUAACGUUCAAAAAAUUAUACUUCAAGGAAAAAUGUUUUAUAUUUUUCAGAAGAGUCUUGAGGCCUGUGGGCAUCCUAGAGCAAAAUAACCCACAUGUUCGUGAGAGUCUCACCUUUGCCCAUAUUAGUAUGUAGCCCAAACGGUUCGGACACUACAGCCUUCAGACGAGACUCCUGACAUUUGUGGAGGUCGUAGAGCAAAACGGAGAACACCAUCGUGUUCGUGAGAGUCUCAUCUUUCUAUAGAGGGGUCAGUCAUACUAGGCCAAACCGUUCGGACGCUACAGACAAUUUAGUGAGAAGACCGAUUUUCGGGAUGUCUCAUGGUCUGACAAACACCGCUCUAGCUCUGCCACCUUUCACCGCAGAUGCGGAAGUGCGACGUAGGUGGAUGCGGUGGAUUGAUAAAAAGAUAUCUCUACCUUAAAUUUGAUUUUCUUAUGAAUAUUCCGGUUACUGGCCCAGCACUCUUAACAGUUAUAGGAAUGGUGGAAACCACACCAGCAUUUCCCCUCCCUGUAGACGCCACGCUACAAUAUCGGAGCUCAGUGGUAUUCUCUCCCUCAUACAUACGCAAAUCUAAAGUGUUAAUUAAUACGUCUUAUUACCCCAGGCUAGCCAUGUGUGGAGCCCCAGUCAUAACUGGGCUAAGGCGAGCUAAUUUAAAAUGGUGGCUGUGGGAAUCUCUUUCUAUUCCUUAAUUACCCUGCGUUCCCCUCUUCAGUGGACCAGAGGCAGUAAGCAGCUUACGCUGCCUCCAGAGGGGAACAGAGACAUCACUUAGUCAGUCUAAAGCAAGUCCUUUUCUCUCCUCUCCUCCUCUACCCCACGUCCACCCCUCCCUACCUCCCUCCCUCCCUCCCUCCCUCCCUCUCCUCAAGGGCCCUGGAGUAUAGCACUUAAUCCAGCCGCAUAAACAGACGUGUCAGCUGUGCAAGUCACCCGGGAUGAGUUUUUUAUUUUAUUUGUAUAGCUAUAUCGAGCUUAGCAGGAAAACUAUGGUAAUAAGGUCAAUCAUAAAAACAACAACAUGCUACCCGAUUUUAGCAUUUUAAUACUGGGGAGAUCGGGGAGGGAGGAAAGUGUGGUAUUUUUUUUUUUGACACGUUUAUUUUUGUAUAUAUAUUUUUAUUUUCAGAACACCUUGGUGAUUGACACUCCGAGGGUGCGGAAGCAGACACGCCACUACAGCUCGAUGAAGGAGGACGAAUUGGCAGAGUUCUCUGAGCUGGAAAGUGACGGUGAGAACGAGAAGCCCUUGACCAAACCCAGGCGGCCCCAGGACCGAGCCCACGGGUACCCCCGUAGCGAGUGCUUCAGGGUGGAGAAGAACCUGCUGGUUUAUGGGUGAGUGGACAUCGCUAAUAUGUUUCUUAGUCUUUCAGAAAGAUUGACUGUUCUCUAAACCCUGGCCCUUUUGGAAGGGUAACCCUAGAUACUAGGGGCGUGCCGAGUAGUCGGACAAAACGGGUAUCGUAAUGGAUAUGAGCAAUCUUCCUGAUACUAUCAUGAUCAAUAGUUUUUUUUUGUAAUUAUCCGUGAUCUAAAAAUAAUAUUUUUGGUUGCCAACUUGCAUCUUUCAAUCAAGUGCUACGUGGUGUAAACUCAACUGGGUAGUUCGUCUGUUUGUAAAGAGAAGGGCGGGCUGUACGUUGAUCCUGCUGAUUUGAUUGGAUAGAGCAAAGCUGUAUCUCUGUCCACUCGCUUGUUUCAACAUUUCACUCGAUCACUUCUCCUCGCAUGUUUCAGUUUGAUCAUUUAGAUUGCUGCUGCCUCCUGUUAGCCUAAUACUAAUACUGCAUAAUAUCUACCAAGCGGGGAGAGGGUAGGGAAAAAGAUGAACCGCUGAUGCACAUUCUGACUGAGUGAGAGCAAACUUGUCUGCUCGGCCCCCUGCAAGUUGAGGAGACUGACACACACCCCUCUGCGCGCUGCUCCUAAUCUGCAGCUUUUUUGGUCUGUAAGCGUGCAGGGAGAUAUUUUGACAUCAUCUUAGGCAUAUUAAAACAGUUUCUUCCGAUCACGAGUAUCAUCCGAUCCGACUGACAAUUUACGGAUACGAUUAUGAGUAUGGCCAGGUCAGCACACCUCUACUACAUACCCCUCGUAGACCUGAGCGAAUUGAAUAGGUUUUUAGUGAUUUGGUAAAAUAUGUACUUUGCACUCUUGACAGACUAGGUGAUCGACUCGAUUUUUGCCAUAGUGGUGAAAUUGGUAUGGAGACGUGCCCAUUCCAAUAUCCACCGCUAGACACUUGAGACAUCAGGUGGAUGUUAAAAAAAAAUAUAAAAAAAAGCUGUCAGAAACUGCCCCAAGCCUACCAGAGGGAUAUUACAAUGUCUACAUCUUCUGGCUCAGGAAGUCCACCUGAGAGAUGUCAUAUCCUGUCUGGGUUAAUGACUGCCAGGGCCUUUGAAGUAUGAUGAGGUUGAGGUUGAGGAUGUGUGCUUGCCUCUGUGGCUGAACACAUGCUGCGGUGGUCUGGGGGGAAAUAAUGGCCACAGAGUGCUGAUGUUGGUACACUCACAUGUAGGGUAAUUUUAACAUACACACGCAUGGGACCAUUAAACAUGCCUGCACGCGCACAAGCCCAGAUCGAUCUUGCGUGCACUCCUAUAAUGACCCAACACACACAGUGACCCGACACGCAUACAUACACACACACUCAUUAGUCGCCGUGCCUGGCUGCCAUCUGCAGCAACAGAUCACGGCUGGCUGCACGCACCAACCACGUCUGACCAGCAGUGGGGUUGUUUUUCACCAUGCGACCGACUCGACUGCUGUCUAGACCCCUGGGCUGUAGGGCAAAUUAUGGAGCCAUCACGUCUGAGGACUCUUCCCCCUCAAAUGACGCUGCUGCCAUUGACUCCCUCCCUCUCUGUAUCUCCCUAACCCAGACCUAGUCUCCCUCGACCCAAAAGCACACACUCCUAGAAUUUGGGUGUUAGUGGGCUGCAUGUCAACUAGGGUUAUCUCACCGUCGUGUAGAAGCGUUUAGGGAGAGACGAGUCUUCGGUCGGUUGUCACAUGUUGGUGUUCUUCUCUGGGUCACCCACGGUAGUGAGAUGUGAUGUCGGUUGAGUGUGCGGUCAUGAACGAACGGGGUCACGGAAUCAGAUCAGUGUGACAUUGGACCAUGGUUGAAAUUCAGAGCGCCAGACAUGACAACACAGCCCCAUUCAUACCUACCCCUCCCCUCCUCUCUUCAUUUACUGUAGUGGUGGGUGGGGAGGAAUAUGACAAUAUGAAACCUCCCAGCCUCAGACUGUAAAUGUGAAUCAUCGGGAUAAAUUAUAAUACUCGUGACACUGACUAAAUACUUCUCCCACCUCCCUCUCGCUCCUCUCUUCUCUCUUCCUCAUGCCUCUUUCCUUAUCAUUUCUAUCCCUCGCUCCCUCUUUCUUUCCCUCUCGCCGCCUUACUCUCUACGCCCUUUUUCUCUCCUUCACCCUUCUCCUCUCCUUCACCCUUUUCUCCAUCACUGUCUUUCUAUCCUACUCCGACCCCCCCGUUCCCUCCCUUCUAGGUGGGGUCGCUGGGGAGACAUCCUGUCCCGCGGGCGUUUCAAGCGGCCCCUGCAGGAGCAAGACGUGGAGACCAUCUGCCGAGCCCUGCUGGCCUAUUGCCUGCUGCACUACCGCGGCGACGAGAACAUCAAGAGCUUCAUCUGGGACCUCAUCACGCCCUCUGAGGACGGACAGAGUCGCACGCUCACCAACCACUCCGGUAUGUAUCCCUACCGCAACACAACCGUAGCUUAGCUACAACAUAACCAACACACACUUUCCAUUCACUCUCUCACAGUAACACCCUCACCAACUGCUCCACAAGUCCUUCCCAAUAGCCCGCUGUAGGAGUAGAGUGAAUUAACAUCCGUUGAAUUCCAUAGGAUUUUUGACAGUCCCACCACUUAAGUCCCUCCCUCACUCACUCCCACAACUCCUCCUGACCUGACCUUGCUCUAACAUUGUGUCUAGUUUGAACUGGUUCAGAUUCUGAACUUAAUUGUAUGACUUGUUUGACCUUGAUCCUCAUUGGUUUCACUCAGAACCCAACGCUAGAGUCUGAUUGGUAAAAAAAAAAAGGUUUUUGUCCCAACAUGGACUCCAAUUGGCCCAAUUCAUUGCUGUUGUUUUCAAUUAUAGUUUGCAAAUAGCCAUUUCAAAUAAAUUGUUUAAAUAAAUAAUAAAAUCUUUGCUGAUACUAGACUUGUCCAACCCAGGUCUCUUGUUUAAAGAUGUCAUCUGAAUUUGACAAAUAUUAAACCUGUGUGUGUGUCUGACCAUUGCUGUGCUCCCCCCUCUCCUGUAGGUCUGUCUACUCCAGUACCACGGGGUCGUAAGGGGAAAAAGGGGAAACCAGCCCCGCCUGCUCCUCCCCAGCUCCCCAGGGCAGAGUGGCUUGCCAGCUGUAACCCUGACCUGCUACUGCAGGAGGACAGCUACAAGAGACACCUCAAACACCACUGUAACAAG